GCAUUUUAUAACCUCCAAAAUGGUCAUGUCUUCUUGUUUGGUUGUCUGCUUUCUUCGCCAUUCGGUCAUUGUCAUUCCACUUCCACGUUCCACGUAAGUUUGAUAAGCACAAAAGUAGUGAAAUUUGCAAUUUCAUCGAAUGACUGUUCAUAUUUGAAACUUAGGUAUCUCAGGAAACAAUCAUCAGGAACUUUAUAGGUACCUUUGGCUAUUUACCAUGUGGCUUCCUCUAUUUAUUCUAAUAGUUGCAUUUGCAAUUAUCCUAUCAUUACCCGGCAAGGAUAUAUCAUUCACAGAAUACAGUGUGAAGCCCUACUUACCUUUGAAAGGAGCUCUAGCGAUGAAUAAUAAGUUGAAUGGCGCAGAACGACUCUUCAAUGGCGAAAUGAAGGGACCCGAAAGUCUGGUUGUUUAUAAUGAUGAGCUGUAUACUGGAUUGCAUGGUGGUUAUAUUGUCAAAAUUGAAGAUGACAAAAUAAUCCCAAUCAAAAAGUUCGGCAAAGACUGUGAAGGAUUUCAUGAUGAAAAGAAUUGUGGCAGAGUUCUAGGUAUGAAGUUUGAUCAGAAUGGCAUUCUAUAUGCUGCUGAUGCUUAUAAUGGACUUUACAAGUUGAAUGUCACAUCAGGCAAAGAACAAUUAUUGGUGCAUGCGAAUCAAAUAAUAGCGGGCAAACCGUGCAAACUUCUGAAUUCUGUCGACGUAGCCCUUGAUGGAACUAUCUACUUCACUGUUUCCAGUACGACAAUUGAUCUCCAAAAUGGCGUCUAUUCAAUGCUAUCAGACGGAGAUGGAAGAUUGAUAAAAUUGGAUCCAGCUACAGGGAAGUUUACAGUUCUGAUUGAUAAUCUACAAUUUGCAAAUGGUGUUGUGUUAUCUUCAGACGAGUCGUUUGUUAUUGUCGCUGAAACUAUUAGAAGCCGAAUUCACAGGUAUUAUCUGAAAGGUCCGAAAAAAGGUACAUCAGAUAUCUUCAUAGAAGGUCUGCCUGGAUUGCCAGACAAUUUGAAGAGGGAAGGAAGCACUUUCUUAAUUCCACUCCUGAAGCCAAUAGAAAACAACAAGGCAUUCCUGCCACAUACUCUUGGUGAAUACGCCGGCAUUCGUAAAUUCCUCUACACGUUUCUCACUCUGAUCGAUGGCACGUUCGAAUUGCUGUCGGAGUCGUUUCCAAGUUCACUAUUUCUGAAGAAAGCUCACCACUGGGUUGGUCACUUCGAAUCGGUUGAUGUAUUUUCGCAUGGCACUCGUGUGACAGUGGUGCUAACCAAUGAGGCAGGGGACAUUGUGGAGUCUCUGCACUCAGAGCACAUUGGCUGGUAUCCAGAAGAGGCGGGAAUAUCCGAUAUUUGUGACAUCGAACCGUUCCGCGGAUACUAUUAUCUGGGAUCGCCCUUCAAUAACUAUCUAGCCAGAGUGAAAAUUUCGUAAUCGUUCCUGAGACGUCAAUGUAGCAUAUCAGUCCAACGAUUGGGGUCACUAAGGCAGAAGGAAGUCACAUUAAUUGAAUAAUUGCAUUGCUCAAGUAUACAUAUCACACCAAAGGAUUAAUAUAUUUUUAUUACAUAAUAGUAGUUGUGCAUCAGGUCAGGUUCUUCUUAUACUUCAAAGAUUACUAUUUUUCUAAUAAAAUAUUUUUUAAUGAAA